AUUAAUCUUUAUAAAAAAUAUCAAGGAGGAUUGGCAGUUUGAUUAGAGAGAUCUAAUCAUAAAGAUAUCGGAACUCUUUAUUUUAUUUUUGGACUUUGAUCUGGUAUGGUUGGUACUAGAUUUUCUUUAUUAAUUCGUUUAGAAUUAGCUAAACCAGGUUUUUUUCUUAGGAAUGGACAGUUGUAUAAUUCAGUUAUUACAGCUCAUGCUAUUUUAAUAAUUUUUUUUAUGGUAAUACCUACUAUAAUCGGUGGUUUUGGUAACUGAUUAUUACCACUUAUGUUAGGAGCACCUGAUAUAAGAUUUCCACGUUUAAAUAAUUUAAGAUUUUGGUUAUUACCUACAUCUAUAUUAUUAAUUUUAGAUGCUUGUUUUGUAGAUAUAGGUUGUGGGACUAGGUGAACAGUCUACCCACCUUUAAGAACAAUGGGGCACCCUGGAAGUAGAGUAGAUUUAGCUAUUUUUAGUUUACAUGCAGCAGGGUUAAGAUCUAUCUUAGGUGGUAUUAAUUUUAUGUGUACUACUAAAAAUUUACGUAGAAGUUCUAUUUCAUUAGAACAUAUAACUUUAUUUGUUUGAACUGUAUUUGUAACAGUGUUUUUACUGGUUUUAUCUCUACCGGUUUUAGCAGGGGCUAUUACUAUGUUGUUAACUGAUCGUAAUUUAAAUACUUCAUUUUUUGAUCCAAGAACUGGAGGUAAUCCUCUUAUUUAUCAACAUUUGUUUUGAUUUUUUGGUCAUCCUGAAGUAUAUAUUUUGAUUUUACCAGCUUUUGGUAUUGUCAGACAAUCUACACUUUAUUUAACAGGAAAAAAAGAAGUUUUUGGUGCUUUGGGUAUAGUUUAUGCAAUUUUAAGAAUUGGUUUAAUUGGUUGUGUAGUAUGAGCUCACCAUAUGUAUACAGUAGGUAUAGAUUUGGAUUCACGUGCUUAUUUUUCGGCUGCUACUAUAGUUAUUGCAGUGCCAACAGGUGUUAAAGUGUUUAGAUGAUUGGCUACAUUAUUUGGUAUAAAAAUGGUAUUUAAUCCACUUUUAUUGUGAGUAUUGGGUUUUAUUUUUUUGUUUACUUUAGGUGGGUUGACAGGUGUUGUAUUAUCUAAUUCAAGAUUGGAUAUUAUUUUACAUGAUACUUAUUAUGUAGUUAGACAUUUUCAUUAUGUUUUAAGUUUAGGAGCUGUUUUUGGGAUUUUCACGGGUGUUACACUAUGAUGAAGAUUUAUUACAGGGUAUGUGUUAGAUAAACUUAUGAUAUCUGCAGUAUUUAUUUUAUUAUUUAUUGGGGUAAAUUUAACAUUUUUCCCGCUACAUUUUGCAGGACUACACGGGUUCCCACGUAAAUAUUUAGAUUACCCUGAUGUUUAUUCGGUAUGAAAUAUUAUUGCCUCUUAUGGUUCUAUUAUUAGAACUGCAGGACUAUUCUUAUUUAUUUAUGUAUUAUUAGAGUCUUUCUUUAGUUAUCGUUUAGUAAUUAGAGAUUAUUAUUCUAAUAGAAGACCUGAGUAUUGUAUGAGUAAUUAUGUAUUUGGUCACAGUUAUCAGUCUGAGAUUUAUUUUAGAACUACUAGAUUAAAAAAUUAG